AUGGACCCCGACAACGAGGUCGCCGUUACUGAGUCCCAAGACACGCAGGCCACGCAGGCCGCCGGCCCCGCGUCGACAUCGGCGCCAGGCACUGCCACGUCGCGCACUCGCUCGCUGUCCGAUGGUGGCAACACACCCAAGCUGUGGCCGUCACCACAUAUCAUCGAGGCCCCGCGUCGGUCAAAGGACGAUAUCACCAUCCGGGAUAAGGACCAUGAGCCAAGUGGUACGGCCGGCCCUGGGCCCUUUGUGCCGUCCGGGCAACCUUCUCUCGGGUCUGGUCUGUCUUCACUUUCCUCGCUCUCAUCGUUUCCUUCAGUCUCGGCAAACCCAUCGACGCCCAUCCGGGCCGGUUUCUUGAGGGGCCUCUCGCUACAGAUGCCCACCGGAAACACUACAACUGACUCUGCGUCUCCCGUCCCGCAAUCCGGUUCUUAUCUCCGGCCAGCCCCGCUCUCACCUACACUUGACGGCUCGCACAUCUAUGCUUCACCGUCCAGCAUCCUUCCGCGUCGAUCACGCGGCUUGGACUAUUCACGUGCUGCCACGAGUCUACACCACUCCACACUCGCCAGCCAGGCAUCGCCCGACUCGUCUCCAACCAUCGGGUCGCGGGCCAUGAACAUCCCCAGUAGAAGAAACGACGGUAGCAGCGGCGCCGACCAGGCUUCCACCUCGCUCUGGUCCAUGAUGGGCAGCCAGGAACGAAUGCAGGUCUCAAGCUCUGUCGGCAGCACCCUUGUCAUUUCCGAUGUGUCGUCUAGCUCGUCAGACGAUGAUGACUAUAUGGACGAGGAUAUAGAUGAGAUUUAUGUCACUACACCGCAGGCAUCGAGGCUAGGCGUGGCUGGGACUCCUAGUAUGUCCGGAGCAGCACCAUGGCUCGCAGGCUCUCCUGCCCUGAACAAUCCCAGUUUCCAGCAGCGACAGAGGCCACGAAAGAUCAAGCAGCCCAAGAGGCGGCUUCGCGGGCCUCUUGGCUUUGCGAGUGCCCUGUCACGAUCACCCCCAAGUGGCUUGGUCGGACCUAAGGACAUGUCUCCUCACUCCAGGAGGGAGAGCAUCAGUUGGGCCGCAAACCAGCUUCACAUCUCAGGGAACGAUAGCGAUGACAGCCUUAGCAAGCUUGACACCCAUGACAGUCCCGUGCGUCCAAGCAUAGUGCGCCGGGCUGUGACGCGUAGGGGGAACCUGCUGCCCAAAAUCAAAAGCUUUGCUCGCGUCCGCGCCGCUCUCAUGGAAGAGAGCGCACCAAUCGAGCACGAGGUCCGCCGUGAGGCUGAGGUCAUUCGCCAAGUACGGGGUACCGACAUGGACCUGGAACCGCGCCCUUUCCCACCAGCACAUCCCCAUCCCCGGGCGACCCCGGCCGCCACAACAGCUGGCUCCAGCCAGACCCAACUAACCCAUGAUAGUCUCGAUGAAUUGUCCGAGGAUGUCAUGAUGGUCGAUCCGAGCGCCAAUGCUCUUGGUCUGUCCCUCAAGCAGCAAGCCCUGCGCAACUCCAAUCGUCACAAAGCCCCCUGGGACACCAUCUCCGAAACAAGCAGUGUCGGCGGUGGGCGUGUGACAACCCCGCCUCCGGCAUCCUUCCAUCCUGCGCGCUCAAGCCUGGAAGAUAUAACCAUGGGCUCGCCAUCGGCCAGCUCGACUGGCGCAAGCCAGACCACCACCACAGCGAACCAGAAUACCGCGUCGUCUAGUUCAGGCCCCAACUGUAACACCCAACAGUCUUCAGGUCCCCGACCUCCCGGCAGCAGUACCAACACUACCGGCCCCUCCUGCCCUAGUGCAGCGGAAUUAACCCGCCGCAUCAACUCAAAACGCCGCGCCCGUGCCGAUGAUGACCUCGAUCCCGCCUCCAUCAAGCGCCGCGCUGUGAGCCCAGGAAUGAGUGUACACGGGUCACCAGUGAUGCAGAGCCCUUUGCAGAGGGUUGGCGAGGGUGCGCCAUGGGGAGGGCCUGAGAGAAGGAGUGAGGGAACGAGCGCGAGGCCGGGGAGCGUAGGGGAUUUAAGUGCCAAGGGGGGUAGUGAAGGGGUUGUGGGACGAGGAAAGAGUAUUCAUUAUGGGCUGCAAGGACGGGUUGGGUAUCAGGGGAUGGUGGAAACGAAUGAUGGGAUUACUAGGUUGAGUAUUGAGUGA